AUCAGCAGAAAGCCAUUGACAACCUGAGUUUUCACAAAACACUUAGUUAGAAAGUUGAGUGGAAAGAAAAAUGUAGUAAAGGUCCACUAGCAACAGGGAUAAGCUGUUGCUAGUGGAUUGAGAGUACUUUGAGGCAAAUCCUAUUCAGCAGGUUGAGGGAUAUUCAUAAGGCGUUGACGGCAACUGGAGUCAAAGAUUUAAGAACUCCAGACUGAAGUAUCCAGGAAAUGACACAACUGUCACAUUCCUUGUGUUAAGUCACUCCUGAACUACAGGCAAGAUCAGAAGGAUCUUACCUAAGCUGAAGAGAAAAAAUACUGGAGUGUUGCUUAGUGGUCCAAAGUUGUCUUCUCAGCUAAAUUUCAUAUUUCAUUUGGAAACCAGAGGCCCAGAAUCUGGACGAACAAUGGCGAGUCAAAGAAUCCAAGCUGCUUGAGAGCCAGUGUGAAGUUUUCACAGUCAGUGAUGAUUUAGUGAGUCGUGUCAUCAGCUGGUGUAGAUCCAUUCACUUUUAUCAGACCUACCAGGAAAUCUUAGACCAGCUUAUGCUUGGCUUUCCUGACAGACUUUUUGAAAAGGCUGAUUUAAUUCUCCUGCUGGACUUCUCGGUGGACAACACUGGCAAAAAGUACGAAUAUCUCCUUAAAUAGUCACUGUGCUGGACCUAACCCGAACAAACAAUCUGUGGAGUUUUGUUAAAAUGAGAGACAUCUAGCUGAACUAUACAGGCGAGCUGAAGGCCACUUUUAGCAGAAUGGACUUUCUUAAAACCUCAGCAUAACCACAACUUGAUUUCUCCACAGCAUUGAUGAGGUCUUGUAGGGAAAAAAAAGGAGCCCAGACUAAAUGUGUACCAAGAUAUAACAAUCAAAGCUAACAGAAAUAUAAGUUUGAAAUACACAAGUUAAAUAAAAUAAAUCUAAGUUUCACGAUUUGAUUUGGCUUACUGAAAUUAACUUGGUAACGAUUUUCUGAUGCGUUUGAUAUGUGUAGUCUAAUAUAGCGCUAUAAUGUGGCAACAGGCGCUAAAUAAAGAAUUUUUAGCGCAUCCCCCCCCCCGCCAAGAUAAAUCGUGCAAUAGAGAAAUAAAAAGCAGAGCAACUCCUGUUGAUCUCUGUUGAGUGAACGGCAUUUCUGCUGCAGGAGGACUCGGACCAGGUGAAGCAUGCUUUGUGGCGUAUUUCAGUCUGCACAGGAUGAAUGCAGAUGUCCCCGUCUCUCUAAACUAUUCUCUUCAGACUCGGGCAGCCCCUUGCUGAGUUGGUCGCAAUCAUUGUUUCUCUGCAGCAUUAACCACAUUCCAGAGAGGCGCAUCGCAUCCCGUCUCCUUCCCCACAUUCCAGAGAGGCGAACGAGUCCCCCGCGUAAAAACGCCUUUAAAUUCAAUUCCCCCGCUCUCACUGCGCACAUACCGGAAUAAGAAGCAUAUGUGUGGAAUAUGGGAUUAUCCAACACGGUCUAGCUUCCACUGAAGCAGCUGUAAGAGAAAUGUAGAGGAAAAACCAACAAGGAGAAAUUCCUCCGCGCAGCGCGCCAUUGACUGUAAAGACCUUUCAACUUAACAAAAACUGAAGUUGACAAACGCAUCGCUGUCGGCUGAUACUGUGAGAAAGAGUUUGGUUUUCGGCGCUGGGAGGGAAGCGGAAGGGGACGAUGCGGCUUGCGGUGCGGGUUUGCUCCUCGGCCGGCGGUUUUGCGUGAAGGAGCGACGGCUGCGCGGCGGCGUUUUGUUUUGAUUUCCAUGUGAAACACAAUUAGAGCUCCGCGGAGCGCAGCGCACUCUCAACUUGUUUCUCGUCUCUGGAGCGCAACAUGGAGCGUUACGAGGAGGACCUGGGACUCCGGGCCGCUACACUGAUGGAGGACCUUUCCCUGUACGAAGCCUACAAAGACGGGAUGUACAACGCGAGGAGGGACUUGGUGAUAAACCCAGAUUUGGACUUCUCCGCUCCGGCGGUGGCGGGGCUGAAAACCAAGCCGAUGAAUGGUACCUCUGUGCUCCACCAGCAGAAUCACACUUUGGAGAAUUUCACGCCGGGGAAUAAAGUGUACAACGCGGCUCCUGUGCGUCCCGUGAACUGCAGCCGGCCGGUUCCCGUGGAUUUCUGCGCCCCUCAGAGAGACUCUCCGUACAGUGAGGAGGGCUGCUGCACCAAAUCCGAAGUGGCUCUGCCGUGCUACUCUGGCACGUCCGAGAGGCACCGGAGGUACUCCUUAGAGGUGCAGGGCCACAGGUACAGCACCGGCUCCACCUUUGAUGGAGUGCCUCUCAACAAAGCGGUGCCGCUGCCCGGCAACAGGUGCAACAGUGUCUGCAUAACCAGCAGCCACGACGGGAGGUACGGCGCCGCCAGUCCCCGCUCCAGCCUGGCAUCUUCCCUGUCCUCUCAGGAGCAAAGCAAGCAUGCCAGCCCGCGAUCGAGCAUCAGCAGCCCGCGCACCAGCCUGGUGGUACCGGGUCAGAAUAGGUACACCAGCCCCAGGACCAGCUUGGUUCACUGUGAGGGCAACAGCAUCCUCAGCCCUCGAUCCAGCUAUGCAAGCACGGCCAGUGACACGAGCAAACACUCCAGCCCCCGGACCAGCCUCAACAGCUGCGACUGCUGCAGCAAGCCCAGCAGCAACCGAACCAGCGGCAUCAGCAUGGGCUACGACCAGAGGCACAUCAGCCCCAGGUCGAGCACGGCCAGCCAGUACUCCUUCACCACCAGCCCGAGAUCCAGCUACUCUGACUCGCGGUACGGGCCUGUGGUCAACCAUGACCUGGAGGGGUCCAUGAUGCUGCAUGCUGCGCCGCUGGCCAGUCCCCGCUCCAGCAUCUGCAGCCAGGACGGGAGCGCCAGGCCGGGGACCGCGGCGAACUGUGUGGUCAGCCCGCGGUCCAGCAUCUCCAGCCACAGCUCCAGAAGCUCCCGCAGCUCCCGGGGGUCAAUGAGCACCUACCCGGACCUGCAGCUGCCCUCGCCCAGGUCAUCCAUGCUGGGCAGCGGUCUACCCGAGGACGCCUUACUGCAGGAGUACGGAGACUCUAACGGGGCUCAGAUUCGCACCCAUCUGCAGACGGUGUCCGAACCGCAGCCGCAGCUGGCUCAAGCGGGGGGGACGGUGGACAUGAGCGCCGGCUCGCCGUCCUCCUUUAGCUAUGGCGUGUCGUCAAAGACGGCCUCGUCAGGGCAGAGGUAUAAGUUACCUUACCAGGUGACCCCCAGCCGAGAGAAUGGGCCGAGCCAGGCGGAGAAACGGCUGGAGGCGCUCACCUUGGAGCUGGAGAAGGAGUUGGAGAUGCACAUGAAAAAGGAAUACUUUGGUAUCUGUGUGAAAUGUGGGAAGGGAGUGUACGGGGCCAGCCAGGCAUGCCAGGCCAUGGGGAACCUCUACCACACCAACUGCUUCACCUGCUGCUCAUGUGGGAGGAGGCUACGAGGGAAGGCCUUCUACAACGUCAACGGGAAGGUGUACUGUGAGGAGGACUUCCUGUACUCUGGUUUCCAGCAGACAGCAGAGAAGUGCUUUGUGUGUGGUCACCUCAUCAUGGAGAUGAUACUCCAGGCGCUGGGAAAGUCCUACCAUCCGGGCUGCUUCCGCUGCGUUGUGUGUAAAGAAGGGUUAGAUGGAGUGCCUUUCACCGUAGACGUGGAAAACAACAUCUACUGUGUCAAAGACUACCACACGGUUUUUGCGCCGAAGUGUGCUUCGUGCAACCAGCCCAUCCUUCCUGCGCAGGGUUCUGAAGAGACCAUCCGGGUUGUUUCUAUGGACAAGGACUACCAUGUGGAGUGUUACCACUGUGAGGAUUGUGGUCUUCAGCUGAACGAUGAGGAAGGCCACCGCUGUUAUCCACUUGAAGGCCACCUUCUCUGCCACAACUGCCACAUCCAACGACUCCAGUCAAAGCUGCCCGCCCACCCGCCCCCGAACUACCCCCUCCAUGUGACUGAAUUGUAGGAAGGAGACCCAGCUCCACCUUCGAGAUGAUCCAGGACACCAGCAGCGGGGUGAAGAGGGAUGGUCGCCCACUCCUUCAGCAGCCACGGUCAUGAUUCCAGGCGCUGCACCCCCAGCUACAGAAAGGAUCUCCAUUCCUCCCUUUCUCCUUAUCAUUUGGGUGCAUAAUCCAAAACCAGACUCACCCAGAGGGCCCCUACUAAAACCAGCCUUUGACGUUUUCACCUUGUUAAGGAAGCAGUUCCUGGAUUUCUUGUGUUUUGACUGAAGAGCUUCACUGCGGCGCUGUCACAGCUGAGAGAACGAGGAUCCGGCGUUGGCCGGGCCGAAUGGGCAGUGCCUUCAGAGCAUUUUCUCUCUCCGUGCAGCUUUCAACACUGAAACAGAGCCCUGCAAAAGGCUAUGCAAAGGACCUCCAGCAUCAUGACGCAGGGCUGUGAAGAAAAAGAAACGACUCUGCACCGUGUCGUCGACGUCACAGUAGCACCACAAGCCCAGAGAAACCGACUGACAUUCCAAGAAGAUGUCCAAGAUGACACCUUGAGAGAUUCACAAGCAGUGUCUUAAUUAAUGAUUAUAUUAUGGACAGAGAGAAAACUUUAGAUGCACAUAGGUCGUCUUUUUAUAUAUGAAUAUAUAUUUCGCAGACGUUUUCCACAUAAGAUCCUAGAUGUAGAUUGUAUUUUUUUAUGUAUGUGUAUCUGUGAGCGUGACAUAAUUGGAGGUGUAACUGAAGCCUCUGCAGCUUUUGGGUCUGUUGCAUUCUCUCUCUCCUAGAGUCGCUUCAUGCCUGUCAGAGGGUCAGAGAUCCACAGGAAGCAGAUGUGGGUCUUGUAGUUUUUGCAUGCAGUUCUUUUAUUCUAUUUUAAGUACAUAGACACAGUUCAUUUUGUUACAAAUUUGUUAUUUUUAAGCAAAUUUAUCCCUGCCUAGCUGAUGUUUGCAUACUCCAAAUAGUAAUUUUCAACAAACUGUGCAGUGUGCUGCACCUUUCUUUUUAAACUUAAAUCCAGGAACUGACUCAAAACAGCUGUUCCACCCAAAUAUUGAACAAAGAGCUGGACAUUUCCAGAAUUCUUUUUUUUUUUAAAUCAAAUCUAGCGUAGCUGCUUAAAGUUGGAUAAAACAAACUGCAUGCUCACUUAAAAAAUGUUUUUUCCUUCCACAUUUAUUUCCAGACACUCUUAUUUUGUCAUAUAAUCACAUCAUCCAUGACUAUGAGCAAGCUUCACUUGUCCACUAUUGUCCACAUAAGUGUAUCUCAAUACAUUAGAACAUUAUGAAAAUGUAAAUUUAUUUCAGAAAUUUUGUUUAGAUAUGUAACUACUGUUUUAAUUUGGAUAAUGGCUUGUAGCUGAACAAAAUUCAGUUCAAUUAAUAUUUAGCACCGAUUGAAAAAAGAUUUACAUUGUAGAAAUGUCAGACUACUAAGAAGUAUGUGCUUGUAAUGUAUGGUGCAGUAUAUACUCUCAAUACUUGCAUGAAUUAAUGCUUCAAUGAGGAGAGUUGAGGUAUUUUCCUUCCACUUAACUUUCCAGUAAUAUUCUUAGAUAUUGCAGUCAAAAAAAUCACUUUCUCAAAACAUUUUUAUGUUACUUAUGAAAAUUGGAUUUUGGAAACAUAUUAAUGGAAAGUUGAGUGAAAGAAAGAAGUGUGGUUAUUUUGUAAUAACUAUAAUUGGAGUCCCCAAAAUUAUGCCAUUCUUUUUGCAAUUACUCUACAUAUGAGUUUUGGGGGGGGGGGGUUGCAACACUUUUUUUUUUUACUGAAGUAAAUAAACCUUUUAAUGAUAGUCUAAUUUAUUGAGAUGCACUCGUAUGUCCCAUUGUGUUCUGCACAAAGUCUGCUAAUGUGUUAUGUGGGAAGAGGGAAGACUUGAAAGCAUGGAGCUGCUGGUCCCACCCAUGUGCUUUUUUAAGGGAUCCCCACCCACUGUUGCUCGUGUGUGUGUGUUCUCGCAAUCACAUGCACUUGUGUCUGAGUGUGUGUGUGUGUGUGUGUGUGUUUGUGUGUGUAUAUGUGUACUAGUGGCAGGCCCCUGGCACAUGCACCUCACUGUGUUUGCAGGGCAGCGCAGCAACCAGCAGGAUGACCCCGAUUAUCUCUGUUAAAAUCUGAUGAUGACAUUAAUAGAUGCUGGAACCGAUGCAUCCGAUUUUCUCUGUAGCACAUCCGUCACCCAUCUGAGGUUGUGGCUAGAGCGGGGAGGGGG